AUGGCAGCCACGGAUAUACUCAUGACGUCCGCGGAGGCGAUACCCAAAGUGCUUCCGACGAAGAAGUUGGACGACGGAAACAGCACAGUUGAAAUAAAUUCUCCUGACUCGGUCAACUCUCUCCCAGAAUGUGCUUCUAUCAAAUUCUCGUCUACUCGUGCGGAUGCACAACCCCCGGCCCCUUCAAGCAAUGCCCCCCACAACUCGGCACCAACGGGGGCAAGGAUCGUCUACGCGAGACCGGGUGGUCAAUGGCAACCAGUUGCCGAUAAUUGGGGGCAGGAGGGACAAGGGGGUAACGGGGACGAUGCCGAGGCCGAGGAGGACGAAGCCGAAGAAGAGGAAGAAGGGGAGGAGGAAGAAGAAGAAGAAGAAGAAGAAGAAGAAGAAGAAGAAGAAGAGAAAGAGGAUGAUGAGAGUGACAACAAUCGCGAUCCGGAUUGGCAUCCUUGA